GUAGUUGUUGACACUCGCAGCAGUGAAACAUUUUCCUCUUCUUUCGCCGACGGGAUUUUGAUGGAUUUUACGCGUUUUCGCCUCGCGAGUUUUUGGCAGCUUCUGUAAUGGUGAAAAUAGUGUGAUUCGUUGAUCGCGUGUGAAUUUCGAACGGACGAAGCAGACGAAACGCUUUCAGUCGUUUUCGAUUGGGACUUUAUGGUCGGGUGUCGAAUUAAAAGUGAUAUUCGCUGCGAAAAUUGGAUAUUUUCGGCUACGGGAAAAGAAAGUGAGAAUAUACGAUAGUGGUGAGAAAAAUGCGGCAUGGGUCACACCGAACGGCAGUGACGGGUGACAUGAAUGGGAAAUGGCUUGCGGACGGCUGUAGCAAAAAGCAUACAAAAAUCAAUGAGUUGUGUCAACAGUGCUGAAAUCUCAUUGAUUGUGAUAAUAAUUCAGAUGAUAAUAAAGUGAAAUUAAAAAGCCGUUUCCGCUUCAGAAGAAAAUUUUCGGAAAAUAUUGUCAAGCGGUGUUCGCUAGUGCCAAAAUAGUGUGUGUCACAAAGGAUCUCGCGACGACGGCGCUCCUCAUUCUUCGGGUUGUCCAUCAACUCGGAAAAGCAUUAACGCAAGAAGGAAAAAAUUGGGCAGGAGAUUUUCACUCAAGUAAAGUGCGGUGAAUUCGUGCUGUAAAAGUGAAAAUUUCCAGGAAAAUCCGUUUUAUUGUGAUAAUUUACCGGGCAAAGAUUGCCAGUGAUAUGGAGUUUCCUGCGGGGAAGUGGAAUUGAAGGUGGAAAGAUUGAAAAUAAAUUCCAAGAAAAGUGUUGCUUGGAUCGCUGACUUGCACAAACCACACACACUUCGACACAGUUCGAGGGAGAGUGGAAAGCAUUUUUACGUUGCAGUGACACAAACACAUCGGACGCCCAGAAGUGCUUGUCGGUUUGACGGACUGGCGCUGGUGCCGCGGUGCUGCGUUCGAAAACGGAACCAAGUUCGCUGCGCCUGGUCCGGUCUUCUGCUGCUGGGGAUUUUUACGUGGAUCGAAGCCGAUUCGUGAGAUCGCCGCGGAUGGUUUUAUGUGUAUGAGUGCCGCCGUACCGUAGGGUCAAGUGAAGCGCCCCUAUAUUCUACACGGAAGAGUGGCUUGUGUUGUGCUUAGGCCGUGUUAUUCUUCGCGAUUUUCAUGUGGAUUAACCCAAUUGAAACACAGCGUACUGUGGAACACCACUGACUUGUGAUGAUAGUCAGCUGAUCGCAUUCGCCCUCGUGAGACCUUAAUCGGCAACUGUACCAACGGUAUCAUCGGAUAAGAUGGAUGAGCCGCCGCCACGUAUCGAACCGGUGGUGGAACCGGUGAACGGUAUCGUUCAGCCCCCCGUAGUACCACCACCGGAGCGGCCGGGUCGACUCACCAACCAACUGCAUUUCCUACUUAAAACGGUCAUGAAAGCCGUCUGGAAGCAUCAAUUCUCCUGGCCAUUCCAGCAGCCGGUAGACGCAAAAAAGCUAAACCUUCCCGAUUACCAUAAGAUUAUCAAACAGCCGAUGGAUUUGGGCACCAUUAAAAAGCGGUUAGAGAACAACUACUACUGGACCAGUAAAGAGUCGAUUCAGGACUUCAAUAUAAUGUUCUCAAAUUGUUACGUAUAUAAUAAACCAGGAGAAGAUGUUGUCGUCAUGGCACAGGCUCUGGAGAAGCUGUUUCUCACCAAGGUGUCUCUAAUGCCCAAGGAGGAGGUGGAGAUGGAAGUCCCGACAACGAAAGGUGCGAAGAAAAAACCACCUCCCCGGCAACUUGCUCCUCCCGGCACCCUAGUCGGAAACGUGCCGGCUGCUCCAGCAGUUGUAGCGCCAACUCCACCAGCAACUGCUACAACCACUGCUGCAACAGUUGCGGCACGUGCUCGGCCUACCUCGGCACUUGGUAGUGCCGUUACUUCAAGCGUUCCACCAACCAAUGCAACCCCGACGGCUGCUGCGGCCGUAGUGCCAACUGUUCCGCCGAUUGGUACCGUACCUCCACAAACCGUGCCCGGUAGCACAAAUACAACUACGACGGCAACACCGACCACAGUCAGUGCAGCGCACAAUGUCCUUGCAACGCCGGUAACGCCAGUGGCAACGAAACCGGUUCCUCCGACCACUUCGCCCUACAUUGUGAAUAGUUCGCAGUCCGGAAUUGAAACGGUCUUACCUCCCCAGCAGCCCGCUAAAGUUAAAAAAGGUGUUAAGAGAAAGGCCGAUACAACGACACCCACUGCAACUGCCUACGAUCCACACUAUGGCGCCAAUUUGGACCCGAGCAAUCCCAAAAUCGCCACCCGAAGGGAAUCUGGACGACAGGAAAUCCCACCAUUCCCGGCGUCCACGUAUCCAAUCUCGCCAUAUCAGGGAUCGGGAGCCGCUCAGAAUCCACCGAAGAACAAAGAAAAGCUUUCGGAUGCGCUCAAAUCGUGCAAUGAAAUCCUGAAGGAGCUGUUUUCCAAGAAGCACUCCGGUUAUGCGUGGCCGUUCUACAAACCGGUGGACGCGGAACUGCUCGGUCUGCAUGACUAUCAUGAUAUUAUCAAGAAGCCAAUGGAUCUGGGCACGGUGAAGCGGAAAAUGGAUAAUAGGGAAUACAAGUCAGCAAACGAGUUUGCUGCUGAUGUUAGGCUUAUAUUUACCAAUUGCUACAAAUAUAACCCCCCAGAUCAUGACGUCGUUGCAAUGGGUCGUAAACUGCAGGAUGUGUUUGAAAUGCGUCUAGCAAACAUACCGGAUGAACCGGUAAACAAUAUUACGCCUAAUCAAAGCAAAGAGACGGACUCCUCGUCGUCUAGUGAAUCGAAUGCAAGUGACGACGACUCGACGAGUGACGAGGAAUGCAAUCAGAAAUUAAAAAUGCUGGAAAAGCAACUGUUCGAAAUGCAGGAACGCAUGCGAAAGCUCGCUGAAGAAGCAUCGUUGAAAAAGAAAGCCAAGAAGAAGAUGAAGGAAAAGAAGAAACAAUUGGCAACUGGCGUUCCUGGUGAGGUGAAGCCAGGAAUGGAAGUGCAUGCCAAUCCGCCUCAUUCUGCUGCUGCGAAAGCAGCGCAUCCAGUCACAGGUAUUCCAGCUCCCCCAAUAACCAAUGCCGUUGCUGCUCCCGCGAUUCCUCCGGCUGUCACUACCAAAACAAAAACUAAAGGUCAGCGAGCGCCAAAAGCUGGUGCCACUCCAAACGCGCCUGCUAAGCGAGCAAAAGGAGCAGGUGCGGCGGGAGCCGGAGCAACGCGGGGUCCUAACAAAAAGAAGGGGUCGCAAAAUGUUCCACACUUUGACUCAGAAGAAGAAGAUACUGCGAAACCCAUGUCUUACGAUGAGAAAAGACAAUUAUCGCUCGACAUAAACAAAUUACCAGGUGACAAACUCGGCCGUGUUGUACAUAUUAUUCAGAGCCGGGAACCGUCGCUGCGUGACUCCAAUCCGGAUGAAAUUGAAAUCGACUUCGAAACUCUCAAGCCAUCGACGUUGCGGGAACUGGAGAACUACGUUGCUUCCUGUUUACGCAAGAAAACCCGUAAGCCUUACUAUAAAAAAGUGUCCGGGAAAUCGAAAGAUGAGCAGAUGGCAGAGAAGAAGCAAGAGCUUGAAAAACGGUUGCAGGACGUCACCGGUCAGCUGGGAACGGCCAAGAAAAACGCGAAGAAGGCGGAUGAGGCUGCGAAGCAGGAUGUUGCACCCUCGGGCGGUAACAUUUCAUCCAGCAGUAGCUCCAGCGAUUCGUCAUCGUCCAGUUCCAGCGAUUCUAGCUCGAGUGAUUCCAGCGACAGUGAAGCAGAGUCUGGUCGCCCACCAAAGAAGAAGAAGAAAGAAUCGUCUUCUCCACUACAUACUCCUUCAGCCAAUCCGAUAAUACCUGCAACAACCGCAACAAAUACCACGACCGCCACAGCACAGAACAUUGCAGUGUCGUCGGUGCCAUCCACCGUUCCUAAUAGUAAUUCGUCCCUGCCUAACACUGCGCCGACUACAUCUACAUCCACUAUUGCAUCUCAAGCGACGCCCAAAACCCCAUCAACACCUUCUGUAGUUCCUUUAUCAACACCGGCAGCUUUAACGACAACGAUACCGACUGGUCCUACUUCGCCAAAUAUCCCGACCGCAACUACAACAACCUUAGCGGUCACUCCGAAUGUCCCUCAAACACAAACAACUGCAAUAGUUCCCACGGCACAAUCCACCCCCAUACUAUCGCAAACAACUCAGCCGACGUCGCAGUCGAGCCUUCCACCAACGGCAUUACUCGGUACUAGUGGUGUUGUGAAUAACAGUCUGAGUAACAAUAGCAUCAAUUGCAAUAACAAUAACAGUAAUAACAGCAACCAAGUUCCAUUACCAACACCAUCACCAAAUACGACAACAAUGUUACCUUCCAAUUUGUUGUCCACUAGCAGUAAUAGUAUGAAUAACAUCAACAAUGUUACACAGCAACCGCAACAGCCCAACCAACAACAAUCUCAAUCCCAACUGGGUCAGCCUAGUAAUAAUGGUUUAUCGUCCAGUAAUACCAACGGUAUGAGCAAUGCGCUCAACAUACCGACAUCGCAGAUAUCGGCGGGCUUGGCAGCAAUCAACAGUCUUGCCAACAUGGCGACCGCGGGCAUGCAGCAGCAUAUGCAACUAUCUCAACCGCAGACUCAACAGCCGAUGGGAAAACAGUCAUCGAAUCAAUCAGCUCACAUGCCUCUACAGUUGCCAGCAGUUGGAGUUGGACGUUCAUCCGUAAAUAACCCACAGAUGCAUGCAAUGGCUAAUUUUCUAGAUCCCUUGGAACAUUCGUUGGCCUCGUUCGAGAAGAAUGAUCAAACGGCAUUAGGCCUAAGUUUUCUUAACGAUUUUAAGCAGGAAUUAUCUGCGAGCAAUCUUCAAGCCCACGCAAAUUUACUGCCAUCGAUCGAUCUAAUGUCGCAUUUUCAAAACCAGAUGGUGCACUCCAAUAACGGCUUCAAUAACGACUUCAACGGGAAUGGACCAUUGAACGGCAUGGGAAGUCUCGCAACUAGUGUUGGCAUGAGCCAAAUGCUAAUGAAUUCCAUGGUGAACAGCAAUCCGAACCUGGGAAACGUCGGUAUGCAGUUGUUCGACCCGCUACAAAACUUUAUGCGACCUUCUAGUUACCAAAACAAUCCCAAUAUGAACGAUCCUACUAUUGAUCUAACAGGUAGCAGGACCAGCGUGGCUCCGGUGGUUCCGAAGAAGGAAGAAGGUAAAUUUAUGUUAACUCCUAAGCCAAUCGAAGACCUGUUAAUGAAUCCCAACGACAAGAAGAUAAGCGGAACGCCCCCGGACGGGAAGGGUGCGUUUGCGCAUGCCUUCAAGUCCUCGGCGCAUGAUCAAAGUCUGAAGAGCGCUUGGUCCCAGCUAGCAUCGGCGGGCUCUCCGCAGAAUACUCCUACCUCAGCAAAGCAAAAACCGGCAAUGGACACGUUCCAGGCGUUCAGAAAUAAAGCGAAAGAAAAGCUGGACCGACAGAAGUUUCUGCAGCAGCAGGAGUUGAAACGCUCGCAAAAGGAACAAGCCGAAAAGGAACUCAAACGACAGCAGGAACAGCAGCAGAAGGUCAAACAGGAGGAUAUCAACAAUGGACGUAAAGUUGCACCAGAACCAGUGCCCACCCGGGUAGUCGAAGAAAUCAAAGCAUCUCCCCAGGGAAGCCCUUCACCGUCAACUCCUACAACACCGCACAAUUUGGAUAGGUCAGCGGCCAAGAGGGCCGAACUGAGGAAAUUGGAGCAGGAACGUCGCAGGCGAGAAGCGAUGGCCGGGCAGAUAGAUAUGAACAUGCAAAGCGAUGUGAUGGCUGCAUUCGAAGAGUCUUUGUAAAGAUAGUCAUUUUUGUUUGUUGGACUUCGGCGGGUCACACUCGUUUCCAUGGGGGUUUUGACACCGGUCAAAGCCCACCAAGCAUACCACCGAGAAAAAAAAACUUACUGUACACUAGGAGAGUUGAAAAGUGGUUGCUUUCUUUUUUAAAACAAUUGUGUUUACGCUAGUAGAGUAUGAGACUAGUAAAAAUUCCCAACACCAAAGGGAAGACGCAGCAGAUCAUUGAGACAUUGAGAUCAUAAUUAUUAUGCUAUUAAGUUAGUGACAUUAUAAUUUGUGAUAUAACGUAAAAAUAUUAAAAAUAUAUAUAUUUAAAAUCGAACGUAAGAACGUAAAGUGUAACUUUCAAGUGUAGGGAAAUCUUCAGCAUAUCCCCAUGCUGAUGCGAUAGCGAUUUUACUGUAAGAUGACAACGAUUAUGAACAAGAAGAAAACAACAGUUUUGUGACUAAAUUAGAAUGUGGUAGCAGAAACAAAUGUGGAAAAUCAAUGUUAGCUCGACGUUGAAAUGUUAGUAAUAAACAGUUCACUAAAUAGCCAAAAACAGCAAAUAAAAUUGAUAUUUGGAGCUUAGACUGCGCAGUUUACGUUUGCUAAGCAGUUGAGCUGUUUGUAUCUUCACCGGCGAAGCAAUUUGAAAGUCUCGUGGACGAGUAGUAUUUUAUUUUUCCCUGAGUUUAAUGUUGCUUCGUCAAAUUUGUUCAAUUGUAUAUAGUGCGACUUGAUGGCAAUUUUUGCAAAUAUAUGGUCACAACAAUAGCUUCCUAUGUUUUGUCUUUUUUCUCCUCCAAAAAUUAUAACACAAUGGUGGCUCAAUUGUUGUCCGAUGUAGGACUAGUUUUGUCGAUGUUUUUUGGUUGAAAUGAUGACAAGGUAAUAUACCAUGGAUAAUGUAUAAUAGACGACAGUUUCCUUUUUAAAUUAUUUAAGGACUAAGAAUCCAAAUCGGUCUGUCGGGCGUAAACCAACUGGUAUGAGCUUUUUAAAGAUGUAUGAUCAUAAACAUCAGGUGAUUACUAAGAUUCUGUGGAAAUAUCACCGGAGAGAAGGUACGAUUUUAAAUGAAUUGAUUCUGUUGAUUGCUUUUGCCGAAGACGUUUCUUUUAGCUGAUUUUACAUCAGCUUCAAAUCCAAAGUCAAGGGAAAUGAACUUUUUUUCAUUAUCUCAUUGCUCUAAAAAGAAUAACCUAGAUUCUUUAGUUUAGAAUAACGUGAUUGAAAGAGUUUUAGUGUUGGGCUCCGUCAAAUAGCUCCGCCAUCUGCUAGACGUUAAUGAUUCGAAAUUUACGAUCAGGGAACCUAGACUAGUUACAAAAGACCGGUGCAUCCAAAUUGUAACAAAGGUUUUUGAUAGAAAGCCAGAAUACCCAUUGGAAGAAUUGUGGUGACGUCUGUCUGUGUGUGCGUGUGUGUAUCUUUAAGACACUUAUCUAUAAUCGAUUCAUUCGCAAGAAUUGACCGGUUGUGGGCAAAAUACUGAUUUUAUAUCGUUCCACGUUUUUGGCAUUUAUACUCAUUCGAUUUGCUCGCAACAUGCUGUGUACUACAGGAAUUCUUGGAAUGAGUAUAAUUGAAUGUGAAUAAUGAGACAUAUCCACCUAUCAGUGCUAUGCUGGACUUGUCUUAUUGCAUUUUACCUUUAAUAACGCACGGAUAAGGCAAUAACUGGCAAUUUGUUAGAAACGUAAGGAACCGUUUGAUUAUCCGCCAUAUGUUCUAUAUUUAUUCGAUCUAGUAUUGAAAUAUUCUCGCGCUUAGUUACAUAGGGGCGUUACUGAAUGGAUCGAUUUCUCUUCGUAGAUGUUUUCUUUUUAUUAUUGUACCGAAUUGCGCUAGUUUGUCGAUGAUUUAAUGGUUUGGUGUGAUAAAAGAUGAUUAUGUUUGAACCAUAAUCAAUAAUCACGGUUGUAGCUUUUGAAACGAUUUUAUUAUUAACAAAAUAUAAAAUCGAUGAAGAGAAAUCGAUCAACGCAGUUACACCCCUAUGAAACUAAGCGCGAGUAUUGAAUUUUCAAUUUUUCUUCUGCAUGGCACUGUUGAGCAACAGAACAAUAAUAAGAAAGUGUCGUAACUAAGCAGCAUAAUGUAGUUUUCCUAUGUCUUUGAUAAUAUCACAGAUAAUAUCAUUAAUAGGAGAACAAUUAGGAAUUUCAAAAGAAGUGAAAAUUGUCGAUAAAUCACGUUUUACGUGAUACACGUCGUAAUCGACAAUUCUGGAGUAAUUUGAACAUAGAAUAAGCAACCAAAAAAAUUUCUCGCUAGUGCGUGCAUGCUGUGUUUACUUUGCGCGAUACAUUACAGGUGGGUACUAAACGGUCUUAUUUUGAAAUUCAUAACUGGCGAAUUUUCCGGAUUGACAGAAGUCGAUGAACUCAUCUCUAUUUUCAGUCCGAAUUAAACAUAAUUCUGUUCAAGUAUCUCCAACAUGAUUUACAAUUCCCCUCAUCCAUGAAGUCCUAGAGAUGUCAAUAUGUUUAGAGUUCUUUUGAUCGGGCCACUGUUUGAUCAGCUUUAAUGUAUUUAUGGCUUCACCAACUGUACGAAAGAAUAAUCCUUUCCCCGCAUGAGAUUACAUUUAAUACCACUAUAAAUAGUUCAUGUUGCAUUCAUCACUUGUAUCAUUUGUACAAAGUCCAUUCAUUAGCAAACAAGUCAGUGUUUUAUAAGUUAUAUACCAGUAAUUGGUACUCCUAUAAAAUUAAUGCUAAGUAAUAGCAUAAUAAAGUGUAUAUGAUGUUUAUAAAUAUACCCGAAACAAAAUACUGUAAAAUAUUAGGAUUUGUAGAACUCAAGAAACAACCAGUAAUACACAAAACUUCGUAUCCUUAGCGGACGCCAGAUGAAUGAAUUGAAAAGGAAUGUAAUAAAUCUCCGUAUGGACAUCAAACCAUCAUGACUGAGGAGUACCAACACCUGUUUUGCACUUUUCCUUCAAUUGAUGGUCCAAUUUUCUACUAGUUUUAUGAGAGUAUUACUAGAAUGUUAAGAAGGGUAGGCAAUAAAUAAACAAAUAAGCUCAUAAAAAUGUUCAUAGUAGUUUUUAGAGCGUUAGUACGUAGUUGUUCAAAUAAAUAAAGAAACAGGUGUUUCACCUAGAGUUAUCGAUCAUUCUUGUCUUUUGAUCUUAAUUGGUAUGGCUUGCGAGAAAUUUAUGGAGUGAAAAAAAAAUGUUUUGAAAAGAGCAAUAGAUGUAGUAAGAUACGAUGGUGAAAAAAGAUUAACAAAAAUAUAAUACCAGAACGUAAAUAAAUAAUAAAAAUUCAAUUUUUAUUAACUUAAAUACAAUCAAAAAAAUGAUAUAAAAAGAAACAUAAAAAAACAUAAACGUUAACAGAAACAAUGAAAAAUGGA